AUGUGGACAUUGCUGCCGUUGUUCUUGUUGCUAUCUGGUUUGUUCUUAUAUGGAUUCAAGUGUGCUUCGGCUUUCGCCUGUCCGAAGAUCUGUCAUUGCUUUCUCAACGCAAUCAAAUGCAACAAUGUGACAGAGGAGUCUGCUCUGAUGAAAGGUCACCGGGAUAACAGACUGUUUCUCUAUGAUUUGUCUUUACAAACAAUUUCAAGCCAUUCUUUUGAGGGUUUGAAAGAAGUCCAGCGGAUUGUGAUUGCUCAGAGUGUAAACCUGGAAACCAUCGAGACUUUAGCAUUUAACAACCUUCUCAACCUCUCAGAAAUCUCAAUCCAGAACACAAGGAGCCUGAUGCACAUUGACAGAAGGACAUUUAACAACCUUCCCAAACUGCGCUACCUGAGCAUCUCAAAUACGGGAAUAUCAGUUUUUCCUGACAUCACAUCUAUCAACUCUCUUGAAUCAGAGUUUAUCUUGGAUAUCUGUGACAACCUCUAUCUAAAGGAAGUACCUCCAAAUGCUUUCACUGGAAUGACAAAGGAAUAUGUUAUAAUGAACUUGUACAACAACGGCUUCAGAGAGAUACAUGACUACGCCUUCAAUGGGACAAAGAUAGAUAAACUGAUUUUGAAGAAUAAUCGAAACCUCAGAGUGAUCCACAGAGAUGCUUUCAAAGGAGCUACAGGCCCCGGAGUCUUGGACGUUUCUGCAACAGCUCUCACAAAGUUACCGUCACAGGGGCUGGAGUCAGUUCUGGUGUUGAUGGCUCAGUCAGCAUACACCUUGAAGAGUCUGCCUCCUCUGCAGGGACUGUGGAGCCUGCGAGAGGCCUAUGUCACCUACAACAGUCACUGCUGUGCGUUGCUGAGCUGGAACAAACACAGGGACUUUCCCAUUAAUCCUGCAUGGAAUAAUAGCUCCACAUACUGUGAUGAGACUGAUCCAUCAGGAAGGGUUCAGCGUGUGAUCGGAGGCUCAGCAGAUGCACCUCCAAUUAUGGACAUGCCCUUGUUUUUAGAUGUUGACCCAUUUGUCAUGGAUGAAGGCUUUGGAGAUGUGAAUUUCCACUAUCCAGAACUGGACUUCUGUCAGACCCGACCAACACUGGUUUGCACACCUGAGGCAGAUGCUUUCAAUCCCUGUGAGGACAUGGCAGGUUUCAGUUUUCUCAGAGUGGCCAUUUGGUUUAUCAACAUACUGGCCAUCACAGGUAACCUGACGGUGAUCCUGGUCUUCUUCACCAGCCGGAGCAAGCUGACAGUGCCUCGCUUCCUUAUGUACCACCUGGCCUUUGCUGACCUCUGCAUUGGAAUCUACCUUCUGAUGAUAGCGACUGUAGACCUGCGCACACGAGGCCACUACAGUCAGCAUGCUAUUGAAUGGCAGACAGGGCCUGGCUGUAGUGCUGCAGGCUUCUUGUCCUUGUUUGCUGGAGAGCUGUCAGUGUACACACUUUCCACCAUCACCAUAGAGCGCUGGCACACCAUCACCAGCGCAAUGCAGAUAGAGCGCCGUCUUGGUCUGACACAGGCAGCAACUAUAAUGGCAGCAGGCUGGCUCAUCUGUCUGGGAAUGGGGAUGCUGCCCCUGGUUGGUAUAAGCAGUUACACUAAAGUCAGCAUGUGCCUCCCUAUGGACAUAGAGACUCCCCUGGCUCAGGCCUUCAUUAUAAUUCUCCUGAUCUUUAACGUGGGAGCUUUUGUCAUUGUAUGUGUUUGUUACGUGCUGAUCUAUCUGGCGGUAAGAAACCCUGAGUUCCCUAGACGAAGCGCUGACACCAAGAUUGCAAAGCGCAUGGCUGUGCUCAUCUUCACGGAUUUUCUCUGCAUGGCACCUAUCUCCUUUUUUGCCAUCUCUGCUGCCUUCAAGGUGCCCCUCAUCACAGUCACCAAUUCCAAGAUUCUGCUGGUCCUCUUCUUCCCCAUCAAUUCUUGUGCCAAUCCCUUCCUUUACGCUAUCUUCACCAAGGCUUUCAGAAAGGACACAUAUCAGCUCAUGAGUGCCAUGGACUGUUGUAAAAGCAAGGCCAGUAUUUAUCGCAUGAAGGCCUACUGCUCAGAAAAUGCAAUCAAGAGCAAUUUGGGAAACAAAAAUAAGGGGCAUCGCACAGGAGUGAGGGAGGCUGCCAUGCCACAACAAAGUCUUCCCCUUAAGGAGGAAGGAGAGAUCACCUGA